AUGCGACUGCGGCUGCCAUGCUGGCUGCUGCUGGCCCUCCUGGCCGCGAAGCUCAGGCCAUUAGCUCUGAAUCGCUUGCUGCUGGAGCCGAGCGAACUUGUUGGCCGCCAAGCCCGUCUGGCACUCCAGGAUCGGCGCGCGGUGCACGUGGCCAAAGUGCUGCAACUGCGCGAUGGAGACACUCUGCGAGUUGGUAUUCUCGGCGGCGGCGCCGAUAACAAUGCCACAAUCCGAUGGAUAUGGCCGGCGGGUUCCGAGGGCACCUGGCGAUCCGACUCCGGAAAGCCCCGGCCGCCGCGCCUGGAGAUCGAGGACAUGCUCAAUGCCUUGGAAGACCAG